CUUACACAUAAACAAACAGCUGUCAAACAUCCCCAGCAGUUGACGUGUUCAACUGUCAAACGUUAAAGAAUUUCCAAAAGAAAAAAUUAUCAGCCACAACACCAUGGACGGAUUUAUGAUGGACAUCAUUAAGGGUAUGUGUAUUAUGGACAACGAUGGCAAUCGCAUAUUGGCCAAAUACUAUGACAAAAACAUCUUGGCCACUGUCAAGGAACAGAAAGCCUUCGAAAAGAAUCUCUUCAAUAAGACCCACCGUUCUAAUACCGAAAUCAUUAUGUUGGAUGGUCUAACCUGUGUCUACAAAUCAAAUGUGGAUUUGUUUUUCUAUGUCAUGGGAAAUGCCUAUGAGAACGAGUUGAUUCUGUUGUCAGUUUUGAAUUGUCUGUAUGACUCUAUCAGUUUGAUAUUGAAGAAAAAUGUGGAGAAACGUUUGGUUUUGGAUAAUUUGGAAAUUAUUAUGUUGGCUUUUGAUGAGAUCUGUGAUGGAGGCAUAAUUUUGGAUGCCGAUCCUUCGUCAGUUGUCAAAAGAGUCGAUUUGCGUAAUGACGACAUUCCCAUUGCCGAACAGACUGUGGCCCAGGUCCUACAAUCGGCUCGUGAACAGUUAAAAUGGUCUAUACUUAAGUGAAAAAAUUGUUACAUUUGUACAAAAACAAACAAGUAUUUCUUUUAAGUUUUAAAUUCAAUCCAUUUUUUUAGUGAAAAUACAGUUGUUUUUUGUGUUUGUAAAACAAAAGACAACAGCAAUACAUUCGAUUUUUUUAUAUAAAUAAUAUAGAAAAAAAAAAUAAAAAUUAAAUAUUCAUGUAAUGUAAUAUUAUUAAAUAAAGUAAAUAUGUAUGUAAAGAUGAAAACAAAACUAUUAUUUUAAAUAAACUAUAUUACUAACCAGAAAA